AUGACAGAGACUGAACGAAAGUAUGCCCAAAUUGAACGAGAAGCCCUUGCGGUAGAAUUCUCAACAAACCGACUGCAAAUGUACCUUGCUGGGUCACAACAAUUCCAGAUAGCGACGGAUCAUAAACCGUUAUUACCAAUCUUCAAUAGCCCAAAUGCGAAACUACCACCAAGACUGGAACGGUUAAGGAUGAAGACACAGCAUUUAGAUUUUGUUAUGAUACACAUACCAGGGGAAUCGAACAUGACCGGCUACCUAUCCCGUCACCCACUACCAGAUAUCGAAGAGACACAUUUAGAACACCAUGUAAGAGCUGUGAUCGCAACCGAACAUGCCGUUGUAUUAGAUAAGAUACGUGAAGAAACUAGCAACGACAACGAGUUACAAGGACUCAUUCAGGUAAUCAGAACUGGUAAUUGGGAAAACACAGCCAUGGACUUGAAACAAUAUUACGAUAUGAGAACGGAGAUAUAUGAAGCAGACGGAGUAGUACUUCGAGGUGAGAGGAUCAUCCCUCCCAACGCGGUGCGGAAGAAAAUAAUCAGUGUUGCGCACAAGCAAGGCCAUCUUGGCAGCAGCAAGACGAAGGAAAUGAUCCGAAACAAGUAUUGGUUUCCCUCGAUGAAUAUUCAGAUCGAGAAUAUUGUACAAGCCUGCUUUAGCUGUCAGAUAGCAACAAAUACGUUCCACACUGAACCGGCGAAAAUGACAAAGAUCCCGCAACAACCAUGGGAAGUUGUUGAACUUGACUUUUGCGGACCGUUUCCUAAUGGAGAAUAUGCCAUGGUACUUACAGAUCAAUUUUCUCGCUACCCAGAAGUCGAAUUCACCCGCUCGAUAGCAAUUGCACCGGUGAGAGAGAGGUUGAAGAAAGUAUUCGCAAUGCACGGAGUCCCAAAAGUUGUUCAAACGGACAAUGGACCACCAUUUAAUUCACGCGAAUUCAAGCAACUUGCUGAUGAAAUGGGAUUCACCCAUAAAUCUGUCACGCCGUACCAUCCAAAAGCACAAGGGCAGGUGGAAAACUUCAACAAAUUAAUUAACAAGGUCGCCGCAAUUUCAAAACAAGAUCACACCAACUUCCACGAAGCAACAUAUGAUAUGCUUCAAGCCUACCGAAGCACACCACACCCCGCAACCAAAACCACACCAUACGAGCUGUUAAUGAAACGACAAGUUAGAACGAAAUUGGACCAUUUUCCCACGGAAACAUCACCAAAGGAUGACGCCGUGAGACGUAACGAUCAGCAAUACAAAGAGAAAGCAAAGAGAAAUCAUGAUAAACGACAUCGAUCGAAGGAAUACGAAUUGAAGACCGGAGACGCAGUGAUCGUUAAACGAGAAAAGAAGAAUAAAGGAGAAACUCCAUACGAACCGUACAUUUAUGUUAUAACCAAAAUCAAAGGCUCGAUGGUAACAGCGAGAAGGAUGAAGGAUGAGAAGACGAAAUGUAGAGAUAGAUCACGAUUCAAGCUGCUAAGAAUGAAUAAGCAUCACCCAGAAGAACAGCAACGAAGACCAGCAACCCAAAUUCCACCAGCAACCGAAAUAACCGCAACUACAACCCAGCCAGAACCCUUGAAUGUUGAAUUAGAAACCCAUAGCCAACCAGAAACCAUCAGACAGGAAGAGCCACGAGAACUGCGAAGAUCUAGAAGGAAGAAGACAUCAACAUUCGAGACACAUUUAAAGGCUAUAUCAGAAACACUAUGCGAACAUCAAGAUAUUGUUAGAUAA